GAGAUAAGUUCAAAACAAUAUGACGAACCAGAGCUGUCCUUUUGUCGUUGCUUUUAUCACCCUUCCUUUCUAUGGGCUCUUUCCGUUUUUUCUUAUUCUAUUUUUCACUCUAAUGGGCUUCCUGCAAACAAGGCCUUACCUAGUUUUCGGGUUUCGGUGUGGCCCAAAUACAGAAGCCCACUUUUUGAGUUUUUCUAUUAAAUAAAUUAAAAUUCAAACUCCAAAAAGGUAGGGCCACGCACAAACGUUCAUCCCAUAAAAUUUAAAUCAACUGGUCCUUGAGAAGCAACGGCUAGUUCUUGAUUUCAAAAUUUCCUAGCUUACUCGCCGGCUUUCUCAGCGCUUGAAGAAAAAGAAGGAGUAAUGGAAGAUAUUCAAGUAGGCGGAUUGGAUCCGGAGUCGCAGUUUCUUGCCUCAAAGCAGGAGACGGGUUAUGAAUGGGAACUCUUCAAGGAGAAUGUGAGGCCCUUGAAGAGAGGCCGUAAUGUUCGUCUCUUGAACGACGCUCUCAAAUCGCACAUCCUCAGUCAACCCAAGAAGUCUCUUCUUGAGACUCGAAGGAGGUUGAUUGAGGCAAUUGAUGAGUAUGAAGGGGAUGAUCCUCUCCUUCCAUGGCUCGAGUGUAUCAAAUGGGUUCAGGAGUCAUUUCCGCCCGGUGGAGAUUCCUCGGGACUUAUAGUGAUAUAUGAACAAUGUGUGCGUGCGUUUUGGCAUUCAGACCGCUACAAGGAUGAUCUUCGCUACCUCAAAGUGUGGCUGGAAUACGCUGAAAACUGCAUUGAUGCGGAAGUCAUCUACAAUUUUCUUGAUGCAAAUGAAAUUGGAAAGUCUCAUUCUGCUUAUUACAUUGCAUACGCUUUGCAUAUGGAGUACAAAUCUAAGAUGAGGGCUGCAAAUGACAUAUUCAAUCUCGGUAUAUCUAGGGAUGCUCAACCAAUAGAAAAAUUGAAGGAUGCGUAUAAGAAAUUUCUCAUUAGAUCAAUGGGGAGACCCAAAAUUGUGGAGGAGGAUGCUGGAGAAAAUAACCUGCCAGCCCGAAGCUUUGGAACUGUGCUGACCAGAGUAGGAAAUGGAAGGCAAAAUAUGGGGACGUCAGAUAUUGCCAGGAACGGAUUGAAACAGAACAGGGCUCAAAAGACUCCGCUUUCUAUUUAUAAAGACUCAAAUACUGAUGUCAUUCUGGGGCAUCAACCUGGGAAGUCAAAAACAGAUUUUAAUCCUUGGAACAGUCUUGGAGCUCGUGCUGAGAGAAACAAAGAAAAUAACGCAGUGCCUACCAAGUGGACUACCCACAAAAUUCCACAGAGACCCGGACCUAGAGCCCCUGGAGCAACUGCAAGUGCCUGCAUUCAAGUAUUUGUUGACGACGAAUACGUGGAAACUGAUAGAUCACAUGGUGAUGGUGGCAAGCCUUCAACUUUGCUACUCCGGCAACGGGAUGACCUAGAUAUUAAAAAGGAGACGGAGUUAUUAAGAGAGAACCCAUUGCGGAAUUUCCCUUCUAGCAGCCUUCCCAGAUGAUCGACGUGUUUGUGGAAAUUUGUUGUAUGAAGAAGAUUGAAGAGCAUGGAUCAGCUUUUAGCUCUAAAGCCGGCUCCCUGUCUCGGCAUUUUAUAUUAUUUACUUUUCUGGACACUUUGAUUCUGAAAUCUCGAGUUGUCGAGAAGUUCCGAGUUUGUUUGAGUGUGUUUUAUUAGUUUUUAAUUGCUAUAUUGAUGAACAUGUUUCUACUGUGAUAGCUAGUUCAGUUUGAUAAACCUGGCAAAGUAUUUAUUUUGGAUUCUUGAUUAAAGGA